ACGAGGUCAGGAAAGAAAAAAGCAGAUCAGAGACAAAGGCAGUAAAGGUCUGAAGUGGGGGUGAUAAAGAAGGAAGAAAAGCAGGUUUACACAAUGGAUGGGAGGAUGUAUGAACACCUGGUGUGGCAGAACAAAGGAAAGAAGGGACGAAAUGAAGGCGUUUAAGCAGAGGAAAGACGGACGUACGGAUGCAUGAAUAAAAAGUGGGUCUGAUGGAUAGGAAGGAAAGCCGGAAGGGAAGAAAGGAGGAAUAAAGAGGUAGAAAAGUACAUUUAAGCAACAGCGGGAAGGAUGUUAAGGAUGCAUGAAUAAAAAGCGGGUCUGAGGGAAGGAGGUGUCAAGGAAGAAAUGAUGGAAGGUGUAUGGAAGGAGGGGAAUGAGGUAAGAAAGGAAGGAGACCAGAAUAGCAGAAAAUCAGGUUAAAGUGAAGGAAUAAUGCACGAAUAAAAAUCAUGUCAGAGGGCAAGAAAGGAGAAGUCUUGAGAAGGAAGGCACGAUAAGAGGUCGGAAAUUAAGUAAGGAUGCAUGAGUAAAAAGUAACCCUAAGGAAGGAAGUCAGGAAAACACCUAUUUUACAAAGAAGGUGUCAGGAGUUGAAGUCUCCCGUCGUCACGUUGAUAUGCAGCGCGUCAACGAGCCUCAUCCGUUGUUCGGAGGCGCUCUGUCCGCCGUCCUCCCUCACAGCGCCGCGGACGUGAGCAAGCUGCGGGAGAUCCCAGACAACCAAGAGGCGUUCGUCCACGCCCGCACAGACCAGAGCCUCAUCGUGGAGCUGGUCGAAUACCAAGCCCACGUCGCGGACCAGGACGCGGCCCGGUACCACUUCGAGGACAUCGCGGGUAACAACGCCGCCUCGCAGCCCGGCGCGCAGGAGGUAACCGGUGUAGUCGCCUUGCACAAAUCGUCGCUCUCCCUGUCGGCGUGCAGCUGCGCCUGGGCGCUGACGGGCACCCAGUGUGUGUCCAAAUUCAACGAGACGGCCAGGAACCGGGUGAAGGUCCACCUCGGCGUGUUCCGUCUGCCCCAGUUCGGCACGGACGUGCUGGUGACGUUCAACGACCCGCAGAGCAUCUGCCCCGACAGCAGCAGCAGUCCCGCGGCCGUGGGAGCCGGGGUAGAGCCGUGGACUGCGGAGGACUUCCAGCAACUGCUGCAGUCCCUGACGCUGCACAACCCAGGGCUGUUCGGCUAAAAGCUGGGGUGGGGAAACCGAUGAACCGUGGGACAUUAACAGACCCCGAGAGUGUUUGAUCCUUCCAUCCAUGCAAAUCAAAGACUCCAAAUAUUUUAUGUUGCCUAAAUAAAAGAUGAUUGCCCUAUUAGAUGUCAAUAAACUUUAAAACUGAAA